CAGAACAAAGAGGAGAAACAAAGGGGAGAUCACACCAGAAUUUUAUCUAGGUUCACCCCAAGAACAAGGGCUACUUCCUCGUUUGAGCUUGCUUCAGAGAUGGCUCAGAUUUGCACUAUUCAGAAGAACUUCUUACAGCAACAAUGGUGGUUCCAAGACACAAGAACCGACUGGUAACCUCUAAACCCUGCAUCAAGUUUUUCUCUCUCUGGUUCCAAGUCACAACAAUGGUGAUUCCACUGAGUGUUAUGGAAAAUCAAAAUUUGGUUGCGGCUCCAUCUGAUGCACGUUUCUCUUCCUGGUAUCAAGGACAACCAAAUUGUCAGAUGUUUCAUACUUGGGAAUCUUGUCGUGUAUAUGCAUUUACAGCUGUUUGUUAACCUAUUCUCAGGCUUGCUCGAUUGCAAGAGCUGGAGACAAUGUUGCAGUCAGUCUUCAAGGCAUUGACGGAAGCAAUGUGAUGGCUGGUGGGGUGCUAUGUCACCCUGAUUUUCCAAUUUUUGUAGCAAAACAUUUAGAAGUGAAGGUUCUUAUUUUGGAUGUUACAACUCCGAUAUUAGUUGGUUCUCAGUUGGAGUUUCACAUACACCACGUGAAGGAGGUGGCUAGAGUUGUAAAGAUACUGUCGUUGCUUGAUUCAAAGACGGGCAAGGUGGCAAAGAAGGUCUCUCGUUCUCUUACUGCGAAACAGAGCGCUGUUGUUGAGGGUCGUUGAUUGAAUGGUGAACUUUGUUGUUCAUUUCGGGUGCAUUGAAGAUUAAUAUUGAAGGAAUUGAAUAUUGUUAUUAGUAUGGAUAAAUCAUGGAUGCUUGAGAGGAGAGAAACAUCACAAUUUCAAGAUGGAUUUAACAAAUUUUUAGAGUUUUGCCUAAAGAAUUGUAGUGAUCCACAAAAAAUUCGUUGUCCUUGUAUCGAUUGUGGUAAUGGAGUAAAGGGGAAUAUUACCAUGAUAAAGGAUCAUGUAUUUUGUCGGGGAUUUGAUAUGAGUUAUAGUAAAUGGUAUUGGCAUGGAGAAUUAUUAAAUGAUGACCCAUAUCCAUUAGGUAGGCGAGGUGUAGAUGAUUUUGAGAGUAAUGAUUUUGAUGAUCAUCCUAUAGAAUUGCUUGAUGAAGCACAAGAAGAGUUUUUUCAUAAUCCAGAAAAAUUUGAUAGUAUGGUUAGAGAUGCAGACAAACAAUUGUUCAGUGGCUGCAAUAAACUAAGAUUGCCCACAAUGGUUAAAUUUUAUAACAUAAAAGCAGAAAAUGGAGUUAGUGAUAAGUGUUUCAGUCAAUUUUUAGCUGCUUUCAAGGAGAUUUUGCCGCUAGAAAAUUGUUUUCCAGAGUCUACAUAUGAAGUAAAGAAAACAUUAAGUUUGAUAGGGUUGAAGUAUGAGAAGAUUCAUGCAUGUCCGAAUGAUUGUAUUUUAUAUCGUAAGGAGUAUGCAGACAUGGACGCUUGCCCAGAAUGUGGUUUAUCAAGGUACAAACCUAACAAAAGUAAAGAGAUUAGGAAACUUAUUCCUCAGAAAGUGCUAUGGUACUUACCUUUGAUUUCGCGGCUGAAGCGAUUAUAUCGAAGUGCAGAAUACUCUAAGAACUUACUAUGGCACGAGACUGGACGAGUGAAAGAUGGUAAACUCCGACAUCCUGCAGAUUCACAGGCCUGGAAGAAGGUAGAUUAUAUCAAUCCAGAAUUCAAAAAUGAACCAAGACAUCUUCGUCUUGGUUUAGCUGCUGAUGGAGUAAACCCGCAUAGAUCUCUUAGUAGUAGGCAUAAUUCAUGGCCUGUCUUCCUGGUUAUGUACAAUCUUCCUCCUUGGUUGGUGAUGAAAAUGAAGUUCAUGAUGCUUUCAUUAAUGAUUUCGGGCCCAAAACAACCAGGACAUGAUAUCGAUGUUUACUUGGCACCAUUAAUUGAUGAUUUGAAAGAGUUGUAUGAAAAUGGUUGGGGAGAUACACUAUGUUCGAGAUACUUAUGACACAUUCCUUCCUUGGCCAAAAGAUUUAAUUAUGACUGACCAGGGUCCUCUAAGAAAGAAACCUCCUAUGUCAAAAAGUUCAUCCAAGGAUAUGUCAAAACCUCCUAUGACUAGCCCGCAUCUGUCAUCAGCUGGGUCUCACGUCAAUCCAGAAAACACUCUGACCGAAGGCCAACCAUUUGCCGAUCACAUCAUGAAUCGCAUCCAUGUUAGCCUUCAGUUUAUGGUGAGAGAAUUUUGCAGAGUUAAGGGAAUAAACUCAGUCGUCUCCAUUCCAGUGGACCCAACAUUCAUCAAUCGCGAGUCAAUAUUCCUAACUUCAGAGGAUGUGGAACAAGUUGCUACCUUGCAUAUGAUUGGAGGCUCAGCAAUGAUAUUCGGAUUAAGAUGCAUUUGGGAGUCCCUAUUUCCAAAUCAGCGUGUCUAUUACAAGUUUUAUGACAUUGAACGUCUUAGCAUUAAUAAUGUUAACGAUGUAGAGCGAUCAACCAUUGACUUGGCGAAUUGGUUGAUGACCAUGGAUAGAGUUGGUCAACUUUACUUUAUACCUUGGAACAUACGGGAACAUUGGAUGUUGGUAAUUGCUAUGAAAAAAGGAAAAAUCGUGUUCUUAGAUCCAUUGAAAUCACACAAACGUCCAGAAGAAAUUGAUUCAAUGAUAAUGAGUGCAUAUUAUAGAGCUUCUUCCAAUGCAUUACUCGGCAAUCCCACAAAGAUAUUCAAUGUUACAUGUCCAAGACAACCACAAAGUCAUGAAUGUGGUUUUUAUGUCUUGAAGUACAUUAGAGAUCUUGUACGGACAUCAAAUGCAAUGACUACCCUAAAAGAAAAAUUUGGUGGGAAGACGCAAUAUUGUGAGAUUGCAGACCUCUUGCCAAUCCAACACGAAUGGUUAGGCAAAUUGAUACCAUACAUUUAUCAGUAAGCCUAUUUUUGUUUAGUUGUAAGUUUAGUCUUUUGUAAAUGUAUUAAUGUUAAGGCUAGUUAUCUUACUUAAGUACUUGUAUUUUAUAUGUUUAUGUAC